GUCUGCUGUUUACACUUUCCAAAAUGGCAAAUAAAAGGAAGAGAAAGCCAAAUUGGACGGAAAGUGAGCUGAAUGCUCUAACUGAUGGUGUUGCUACCAAUAUCAGAUUGAUUAAAGGGAAGUUCAGCAUGACGGUUUCAAAUGAUGCGAAAAACAAAUGCUAUUCAGAGAUAACUGAAAGUGUUAACUCUGUAAACCCUUCGGCCAUAAAACGAGAUGUGGCUGACAUAAAAAAAAAAUGGCAGGACAUACAAAGCCUGGCAAAGAAGAAGGAGUCUGCUAGACUCCAGGUAGUAAAAAAAACAGGAGGAGGACCACCACCAGAUGAUACGUUGAAAUCAUGGGAAAAAAAUAUUAUAGGAACCUUCACAAAAACCAUGGUUGAAGGAAUUGAGGGUGGUUUUGACACCUCAGACACAUCAGACACUUCUGUUGACAUAAGUUGUGGUAGUGGUGCAGUUGGAGGACAACCAAAAUCAAAUGAUGAUCAUGGCUAUUUAGAGAGAGUUCAUGGUCCAAUAGCAACAUUAAUACCAGCAAGAUACCACCAGUUUAUUGAUGGUCAAACACUUAAGUCCUAUGUGGCCUCCAACGAAAGAGAUGCCCAAAUAUUUAAACAGAAAGCUGGACCUGCUGAUAUACCAGUAAUAACAAAAAAAACCAGCAACAAAGUGUAUUCACAAAUAACUGAUAACCUAACAGAUUCUGGAAAAGAUGCCAUCAAUGAUAUCAAUCCAAAUUUGUUCAAUUUAUUGAUAGAUUGGUGUCCCGAUUUUGAGAGCUUUGUUUGUUCAAAACCUGUUCCAGCUCAACAAGACAACCUGAUACAAUCAGUGGAUGAAAUGCCAGUAGAUAGAAAUCCAACAGAUGAUUUAAAUGAAGAUGUUGGUUCACAGGCACAAACCAGUAGCAGUAGUGCUAAUUCAUCUUUUGCAUCAAAUGGGAAGAAAAGAGCUGCCAUCAGUAAUGAAAAUGCUUCCUCUGAGAGGUAUUUCAUACUUAAAGCAAGUAAACUCCAAAAAGUAGAGGAGUAUAGAGCCCAAAAACUUAAGAUUAUGGAGCAGAUGCUGGAAAUGCAGAGAAGGUCUACUGUGGCCCUGGAAGCCAUUAGAGCGUCACAGCACAGAGAACAGCAGUACGGGAUAGAUCUGCAGUGUUUGUCUCCAGUCAUUAAAUUUUCUGAAAGUUAUUUUGAUUUUUUUUUGGUAUUUUGA